CCCGGGAUUCGUCAGAGCUGCGCUAAGAACCUGAGCCGUAAACUUGGCCAAGGUAAGCCGAGAAGAGACAAUUGAGACGUUUAACCCGCCAGCGUUGAGUCGCCUUUUCCGCUGCUUCUACAAUAACAAAAUCCCCAACUUCCGCGCUCUGUAACGAUCUCUUAUUAGUGUGGUCCACGCUUACUCAUCGUUGGCUAGAAAUUCCCUUUUUCUACAUUUUGAGAUCUAUUGUAUGACUUUCCAUAGAAAGCAUUCAAAGUAUUUUUUUCCAAUCGUGUGAAUAUCUUAAAGCCAGCUACAAAACUGUUUUUCAAAAGAAAAUACCGAGAUGACUUCAUCGGAACUUUCCUUCGAGACCCCUCGAAUCCCACUGACCUUUGUAACUUUCACUCUACCCCAGGUUUCCUAAGUUUCUAUAAUGGCGGCUUUUUUACGUGAACGUCGUAUUCCAUGGAGAGUUCGGGCGCUCUUUGCUGAGAAAGGGUUUGUUUUAAACGUCUGUAGGCAACUAAGAAGGCCUGAACAUAUCGGAAAUUACAUUCAAAGGAAGGUAUUUUUCUGUAAUCGUAUUUACAAACGAUGAAAGUCGAAAUGGAAUUAAUUCAGCAUUCAAUAUAAAUUUUGCAAGUCACUAUAUGUUAGGCCAUGUUCCAUGUGCGUCAACUUACACGCUAUCUAGGAUAGACUACUUGGAAGACUUGGAACUGAAAUGAGAUCCACCAUAAGUCUGAAGAGAUCACUGAAAAUCACUUGACCCUACUUGGGUAAAUUCAUUCUCCCAGGAUGGUUACCCACGGAUUCAUAUGAGCUCCUUCUUCACCUUCAUUAACAGUUUUCUCAAGUUUCCUUAUUACAAGAACGUAAUUGCAAUGUUCUUUUUUCCUUUUUAAUUGAGUGUAUUUUCUUUUAAAGGAAAGUACAGUUUGCUCUUAUCAUUUUCAGUGUAGGUAAUUGGAGUUUUAGGGUAAUGUUUACUAGGGCUGCAAUAUUCCAAACUUUCCUUAGGAAAUAGCUGAUGGCUGCAAUAGUGAUUCUAUAAAUAUUUUUUUAAUCCAGCUAUCCUGCAGGAUAUUAUCUCGUUUUUAUAGAAUGAGCUUCAUCCCCUUUAGGCUGUCAAUUGCUUGAAGUUUACAACGGGAUUUUGCUUGCAUAAGCUAAUUCUUAAUUUUUAAACAAAUAAAGUUUAAAAAUAGAAAAUGCCCACUCUUACAAAGCACUCCCAGAAAGCUUUCAGGGUCACCUGCAGGAUAGCUGCUUAUAAAUACAUUUAUUUACAUUAUUUCACUACCUGUUCUAGAUUUACCUCGCUAGCAACCAGCUAGUAAAGAAAUCUAAAUUUGGUGGCCAACUUUUUCCUCCUUUACUUUCCCUUACUUGGUGGGGAGCAUCAAAACCUCAGGACACAGGGACACCACAAUCAAAGGAAAUGAGUGAGCUAGAACUUGAUAUCAAAACAGCAGAUGAGUUAUUUGAUGAGACCAGAACACAAGAAGUGUAUGACCUACUACUAAAGCACAGAGAUUUGCAAAAUGCUGAGAUUGAGUGGAGAUUAGCAAGAGCAUGUCGAGUAUUGGCUGAAGAGUGUGACGAUGCAGAUGCUAAGAAAAGAUUGACAUAUGAAGCUCUAGAACAUGCCAAACUCGCUUUGGACCUUGAUGACAAGAAUUAUGCAAGCCACAAGGUCAGUAAUACUGCAGAUUCCAUGUCUAUUUUGGAAUCAUUAUGUAAGGAAACAACUUUAGUAACCAUAAAUUGAUGUCUAUUUUGGGAGUUUUGGAGCUCUUUUUUUUAAAAUGUAGUCACAGACUCAGAGGUAAAUCUAAAACAAUUUUAUGGGUAUUAUUUGGCAUCUUUGAUGUUGUGAAAUCAUAUGUUUUUAACUCCUGAUUUAGUUAGUGGAUAAUUUAUUUUCAUUCGUUAAAUUAAAACUGUUAUUAUUGUCAGAAAGAUUUUGGGGAUCCUGAUAUAUUGAACACACAGUCAUACUACUUUGAUUUAAAAAACAUGGUACAAGAUCAAGAUGUUGCUCUGAAAAAAUUACAAAAGCCAAGAUUGCAGCCAACUUUCAUAUAUGGUUUUUGUUUGUUGGGGGAGUUGGUGGGGGGGAGGGCCAGGGGAUGCAUUUGAGAUAUAAAUUAAGUACAUUGCUCUCCUUGAAUUUCCUGCAGUGGUAUGCCAUCGGCCUUUCAAUUGUUGGUGACUAUGAAGGAAAUAAGGCUAAACUAGAAAAUUCUAAAAUCAUGAAGGAUCAUUUUGAGGUAAGACACAUGAUCACUAUUGGGAAACCUGUACACAAGAAUCACGUUGCAUGAGUUACAAGGUGUUUACACUUAAAGAAUAGUUUUAAGUCAGACUAUCCUUCCAAACAGUAUAGUUUAUUUCACCAUCUCUUUAAUAUUACCAGCAUUUUAGAGUCAGUAGAUUUGAAUUUUAUUAUAAGUAAUACAUAACCAGACAGUGUGCUGUUGUUUUCUAAUACAGAGAGCGAUUGAAUUAAACCCAACUGAUCCUACUUCAAGAUAUUUACUGGGCCUCUGGUAAGUUAACCCUGCAGAGCAAGUAUCUAUACACAUCUAACUGAUUAUUUUAUUAUUAAAGUAAAUUCAAUUAUUGCAAAAAUCAGUCUCUAAAUUGAUUGUAGUAGUGAAUAAUCAAUAAUAUUAAACUUCUUAUCCUUUUUCAGGUGUUUUACAUUUGCUGACAUGAAUUGGUUUACCAAAAAUGUGGCUGCUGCUCUCUUUGCUACACCACCAUCUUCUUCAUAUGAGGAGGUAAAUGAGUAAGAUGUUCAUGCUGACUGAUACAUAAAAUAAUGCAAACUUUUAAACCCUCAGUAUCCAUAUUCUUCAUACUCUUUUCUGUUCAUUUCCUUUGGUAUCAGUAAGGAUAAUGCAUCUAACAAUUAAGAGCUUCUGAAGUUGGUGAACAUGUCCUUGAUUCUCAUAACCUUAUGAGCCCAGCAGCUUCCUGGGUAUCCUUGCCUUCUGUAAAUUAUAGUGCUAUACCAAAAAAAAUUUGUAUUGUUGAAAAGGCAAAUAAAUGAUGAUGAAAAUGAAAUGGUGACCUUAACAUACUGUUAGAAGAAAUAGACUCUGGUCACCAGUAGGGUUUAAAGGGUUCAACUCAGUUACAACUAUAACUUAACAAUGACUCUCUCAGUGCCUGUUGGGUUAGGCAGGUCUUGUAAUAAAUUUCUUUGCCCAAUUUAAAAUUGAAUAAACAAAUUUUAAAUUUAAGUAUAGCUUAGCAAUAAUUGGUCAUAAUAAUUCAACAUUGAAAUUACUGCUCAGGGUUUGUUUACAUAAACUACAGUCACUGUAAGUAGUACAUUUUACCAGACAGCUAUGGAACAAACUGAAUUACUUACUCAUGUAACACAUUUUCUUCCUAUCACAGGCUUUGUCACACUUUCAAGAAGCUGAAAAGUGUAAGAUUUAUUUUGAGGAGAAAAAAAUUAUGACAACUUUUGAAUUUUUUAAAUUAAGUUUGCAUCUUUUUCAGCCUAACUAUUUUUAUGAAUUUCACACAGGGUGUAGAUAAUGUUGACUGUCAUUAAUCUUACCAUCAUAGUGUAUUCUUGGUGUGGUAUGUUACUGUACUGUCUUGUCGAUAUCAAAAGUCAGUUUUUAAAUUUGGAAAAUUGUAUUUCAGUAGAGCCAAACUUCUUCAGCAAGAACCAUCUUAUGCUUGGAACAACAUUAUUCAAGCAAAAGAAGAGGGAAGAGGCUAAAGUGUGGCUUAGUAAAGCAGUAAAUGAGAAUCCACUUAAAACAAAAGACGAUGAAAAAGUAUGUACCCUGGCUGUUGAUAAUAAUGAGUAACAGAUAUUUCAAGUGAAAAAAAGCACAGACUUUUCUCAUUGUGAGGUACUUAGAGUGUUACCUUUGUUUACCGUCCAUGCCAGGUAGACUUAAAAAAAUUGAACUUCAUUUUAGCUGCUAUUUCUCCACAUUGCUAAACUCAUUGGUUUUGAAAAUUUCCAGAAAGCCAAUAUCAAGGUUUGAAGGCAUCAAAUACAAAUUUUUUUCUUUUUUUCACAGGCAAAAGAGGAGGCUGAGGAGCUACUUAAACGUUUAUAA